GAGCGGAGCUCCGUUAACGGGCCCCGACGGGGCCCCCCCCCCCCCCGCCGCCGCCAUGGACCUGCUGUUCGCGGUGCUGCGGGGGCUGCGGCUGGCGCUGGACCUGCUGCUGCUGCUGCUGGACAUCAACUUCCUGCUCGUGUCCUCGCUCGUGUCCGCGCUGCUCUGGCUGCUGUCUGCCGUCGGGAGCCUGCCCGCGGCCGCCGCCGCCGCCGCGCUGGGCUGCUGGGACGGGCUGCUGCUGGCGCUGGCCUCGGUGGAGCGGGCGGCGCUGGCAGCGCUGCAGGGGCUCGGAGCCGUGCUCCGCGGCUGCUGCUGCGGCCUCGAGGGGCUCAAGGUGCUGGGGCACCUCCUGGCGCACCUGGCGCUGCGGGCCAAGGAGCUGCUGCACCGGGAGCUGUGCGGGCUGCUGGGCUGCGGACACGCCGUGGCCAGGCAGCUGUGCGACGGGGUGGCCAUCGGCACCAGCCUGCUGGCUUACCUGGUCAACAGCCUGGUCAACGUGUGCCUCAUCGGCACGCAGAACCUCUUCACCCUGGCCAUGGCGCUCUGGGAUUCACUCGCCAGCCCCUUCCUCAGGGUCACCGACCUGCUGGCUGCUGUCCUGGCACAUGUCUCCAGUGGUGCCAUCGCCGUGUCCAUCCUGCUGUGGUCGCCGUGCCAAAUGGCCUUCGAGCUCCUGUCUUCCAUCGCCCAGCUCUUCGUCACCACCUUCUUUGUGAAUAUCUAUGGCCUGGCCUUGCUGGUCCUCAUUGUUGCUGUCGGCGCCUUCGUCUUCAACCCGGGUCUGCUGUGGAUGCUGAUGGAAGGGGCUCUGGGUUACUUCAACAUGCUGCCUUCCUACCACCGCCUGCAGCGGGACGUGUGGCGGCUCUAUCCGGUGGCAGUGCUGACGCUGGGCAUGGCCCUGACCUCCCAGACCUGGCGCAGGUUGGUGGACUGGAGCCUGCAGGUGACCAACUGGAGCCAAGGAGGCAGAAUGAUGAACAGGGAAAGCACCGAGCGAGGGGCAGCUGAGCCUGCCCUGGGAUACGCAGCUCCUGGCAGGCCGAUGCUGGCAGGGGUUGCCCAGCUGCACACAGAGCAUGAGGACGAUGAGGAUGCUGAGCAGGUCCCACAAGUGCGUCCCGCUCUGGGUCGGAGCGUGUCGGGGCAGCGUCUGCAUCCACAUGGGGAGGAGCCGGGUACCUCCGGGGGGAAGGCUCAGAGGAGGCAGCAGCUGAAUGCAGGGACCAGGGAUGCUGAGGGCACUGCGGAUAACGACCCCUGGAUGCUCCUGAAAGAACAAGAGGAGCGCAAGAAAUGCGUCAUCUGUCAAGACCAAACCAAGACCGUCCUGCUCCUGCCCUGCAGGCACCUGUGCCUGUGUCAGGAGUGCACUGAAGUCCUCCUGCAGCAGGCUAUCUACCAGCGCAACUGCCCAUUGUGCCGCCAGAUGAUCCUCCAGACACUCAAUGUGUACCUGUGAGCCUGAGGGGUGGGUGGCUGGGGUCACUUUGCCAGGCAGUCAAGGGCACCUCACCCCUGUCUGCCUCUUGCCAGGAAGCAGAACUUCCCAGGGCUGCAUUAAGCAGCUUCCAAAGACCUAAGGAUGGUGCUGAAAGGGCAAAAGGCUUUUAGGGGUGUCUGCUAGCCACGUUUGCUACGUAACUAGACUGUAGCUCUUGCUAGCAAGCACCAUAACUGAUCUCUGCAGCGGGCUCAGUUAUCUUUUCUGUUGUUGACAACUUCUGCUGUUCCAGAGCCUGUUGCUUGGAGCCUGCAGCAGUCAGAUUCAGAGCAGAGUGCAAGAAGGAUGCUCUGGUUCCUUCUAGCCAAAGGUGAUGGCAGGUUUAAAUGCUGUGCUCUCCUGGGAGUCAGAAGAGCUGGUGCAGAGUAAGAGCUCCUAAGUAUGGGAGCUCACUGAGAAGGGAGAAGUGUGCUCCCUUUGUAAGGCCCUAGGAGAGCAAUGAGCACACUCAAGUAUGCUAAGCCUGGCUUUGAGCUAGAGAAGAGCAGGGUUUCUGGGGUUCUUUAGUGUCCCAGCCACCAUGGCUUUGGGUUUUGAGCUUCCUGUUCCCCUAGCCAGGACAAGGAGGAGCUGUGACCAUCACAGGCUCCCUGCAGGCCAUAGCUGACUGCAGUGCUGCUGCUGCUGCUUCUGUGCAUCACCUAUGCAAGCCUAGCAAGCACACACCAGGUUACUCAUGUGGGGAGGCCAGAGGGGGUUACUUGUUCUGCAGGGGAAACCUGAGGGCCCUGGCAGUGCACAUCUGAGCCAACACUGGAGAACCUGCUCUGCAUAACACAUCUGCAGGCUCAGAGAGCCAUGGGUAGUGCACACCAGUGCUUGCUUGCUACCUCCCAGGCUGGGCUGCUUAGAGGGAGGAGAUUGGGACACCCCAAAGCUGCUGGGAGCCCAUUGAGACAUUCCCGCUCCAGGCACAAGUUCUGUGGGUCUGCAGGCGUGUGCAUGGAGCCAUACCAGGACCAUGGGAUACCAUUGAUGAGGGCAGGGUUCCACUGUUACACUGCUGUUCUGUCUUCCUUGUCUGUCCAAAAUGUAGCUAGUUUGAUGGAAGUGUCUCCUGAAGGCAUCACAUCCCAGCCUGGUCAACCAGCACCAUUCCAAUUACUGGGCUGCAGGAGGGCCUCGUGUUUGAAAGCUUUUCCUUUUCCAGCAGCUUGCCUGAGGUCAGCCACGCGCCACAGCCAAUUUUGGCUGGAGCCAGACUGGAAAGAGCCUUGACUCCUGCACUGCAAGCCAAGAGCCCGAGGGUGGCUGGCAUGGUCUUCCUGCUCUCUUGAUUAGUGAUUUAAGCCAAAGCAGGCAGCAGAGAGGCCAGGCCAUGCUGGGAGAUAGCUCUGGGCUGUAAACCUGAGCUGCAGCAAGAUGCUAUCUUGUUGGGAGAGUGGCUUUGCUCUGGGAGGCACUGCAGGGGCUGGUUUAACCCCACUGUGAUGGAGUCUGGAGGCACUCCCUGGGCUCCAAAGUAUGAGCAGGGCUUGGGCCCAGGGCUAUGCAGAGACACAAACCUCCCUGCCCAAGCCCUUGUUGCUCAACCUCUUGCCCCUGUGCCUCCCCAGACACAGCACCCGCGUUAAUGUUUGCUCACUCCAACCACCUCCCUAUGGCUGCAGCCAGUGAUGCUUUGCAGUUGAGUAGCCAAGCCUCUGCCAGAGCAGUGAGUACAACCCCACCACAUUCCUGCAUUCCACAGGCAUUGCAGAGCUCAUCCUUCAGGUGUGCCUGUGGAGACACCCAGGAGCAGGAAUGUGGCCGAGCUGCAGGCUGUGGUGUUUGGUCAGGGACCACCUCAUGGUGCACUGUUUUCUAUGUGAGUUACAGGGAGGAAAAGCUGCCUCCCCAGAACUGCAGUUUCUCCCCUUAAACCCUUUUUCUAUUAUAAUACUUAAGCUUGUUUUGGUUUAGGGCCUGUUUGUUUGCUGCCUGUUGGAAAAAGAGAGAGCUUUGCCUUAACUCUUUGCACUAUGGACUAGACACUGA